GGUUGGGGGCGAGAGAGAAAGUAACUCCAGGACGAGACCGGAGCGACCCGCGCAGCGAGCACAGGCGGCGAGGCUGCGCCCGGCGCCGGAGACCGGCGGCUGCGGGGGGCGGGGGCUGUGACCGAGCCCGAUCCCCCGCUCCGGCUCCAAGCAGUGGUCUCGGGGAAAGGGUUGUCCAGCACAGAUGCGUUGGUCGGAGGGAGCCGUGGAGGUUCGGGUCAAGGCGUAAAGCCUGGGGCUUCCAAAUGAUACUCCGGGCAGCAAUGGAAGACUAGAUGCCUCACCGCAAGGAGCGGCCGAGCGGGUCCUCGCUUCACGCCCAAGGCAGCGCCGGCACCGCGGAGGGAGGAAGCAUGUCCCGGUUGUCUCUCACCCGGUCACCCGUGUCUCCCCUGGCCGCCCAGGGGAUCCCACUGCCAGCCCAGCUCACCAAGUCCAACGCACCUGUGCAUAUCGACGUGGGUGGUCACAUGUAUACCAGCAGCCUGGCCACACUCACCAAGUACCCCGACUCCAGAAUAAGUCGCCUCUUCAAUGGCACUGAACCCAUCGUCCUGGACAGUUUGAAGCAACAUUAUUUUAUUGACCGGGAUGGGGAGAUUUUUCGCUACGUCCUGAGCUUCCUGCGGACGUCGAAACUGCUGCUACCAGAUGACUUCAAGGACUUCAGCCUGCUGUACGAGGAGGCACGGUACUACCAGUUGCAGCCCAUGGUGCGUGAGCUGGAGCGCUGGCAGCAGGACCAGGAGCAGCGGCGCCGCAGCCGGGCCUGUGACUGCCUGGUGGUGCGGGUCACACCGGACCUGGGUGAGCGGAUUGCUCUCAGUGGCGAGAAGGCCCUGAUCGAGGAGGUCUUUCCUGAGACCGGGGACGUCAUGUGCAACUCCGUCAAUGCGGGGUGGAACCAGGACCCCACCCAUGUCAUCCGCUUCCCGCUCAAUGGCUACUGUCGGCUCAACUCAGUACAGGUCCUGGAGAGGCUGUUCCAGAGGGGUUUUAGCAUGGCCGCGUCCUGCGGGGGCGGCGUGGACUCCUCCCAGUUCAGCGAGUAUGUGCUUUGCCGGGAGGAACGGCGACCACAGCCCACCCCUACCGCUGUCCGGAUAAAGCAGGAGCCCCUGGACUAGGCCCUGCCUCAAUGCCCCCCUGAGGCCCCUUGGACCUGGGGACAGCCCAGGUACCUGGAAACAGUGCUGGGGAGUUCUGCCUAUACCUGCUUAGUGGUGGGACUGAAAAUGGGGCUGGAGAGUAUAACGCUGGCCCAGGGAGCCCCAAAUGUCAUGGCAACAGAAAGUGGGGUGCUGGAGGCGUGCCUACUGAAGGACUGUUGAUGUGACCCAAAGAUGCCUUGGUGGGCACUCUGCCACCAGUUCCCCGGGAGGCCCUGGGGCCUGCUGCAGCGGGGUCAACACAGGCCUCCCCAGCCCGCUGCAGAGGACCGCUCCGCCCUUCUCCACGUGUGGCAGACUCUAGUGGGUCUCCUUGCAUCAGAGAUGGCUUAUUUUUCUACAGUAUUUAAGACGGAACUAAUUGUAACCGCACAAGCCAGAGAGGUGGACAAGGCCCAAUACUUCUUUAUCUGGUGCUCCGGUCUCAGUCCGAUGUGCGACGUGCCACAAUGGUAGAAGAGCUGCCAGGCGCUCCGGCCCAGGGGCCCAGAAUGGGGCUUGGAGACUUCUGGUCCCUGCUCAAGGGACAAUUGCAAGGAGGGCAGUGCUAUAGGAGCUGAAGCAGGACCCUCGGGGGCAGGGCUGCUGGGAGGAGUGUGGUUCGGUGUGAGGAAUGGAUGGCUGGGGAACCAUCUGAGACCCUCACCUUUGCUGCCACCUGGGGCACAGGCCACACUUGGUGGGUCACUAAUGCCCAAGGGCUUCCAGUCCUGUUUGUGUGUUCUCACACCUGGGCCCUCCCCAUCCGGACCAGCCAGAGGGCCACAUGGCAUCCUUACCUCAGGAAUGGGCCCCACGGUGAAGGGGCCCGUAUGUCAGCAGCAUCCUCUAGGGCCCCACCUCAGGAAGCCGUCCUCAGCUCUGAUCUUCCCACACUAAGAUGCACACUGAAUUUUAAUUAAACUUGUGACACUAGCUUUCUCGUAAGACCCAGACACAGGUAUACCUGGGGCUCUUGGCCCCAGAUUCCAACAAGGACUGGCCCCAAGGGGUCCUCAUAGACCUGCUGCCUCCCAGAAGACAGGCCCAAAGAUGGACACCCCAGCCUUGUCACGCUUGCCUGAACUGGCUCUUCCCCUGGUGGAAAAACUGCAGAUAACUGCUCAGUGGGGUGCCAGGCCUGCACCGCCCUGUGUAUGAUGCCUGUGGACUUGUAUAUGACUCCUUUAAUAUUGUAAAGAUGCUGAUGUACAAUGUCAUGUGUUUGUGUAAACACACUGCGUUCCUAGUUCAUGCCAUAAAUGAUGCUAUAAAGCAAAAGACUGAGGCUCUGUCCUGUGCAGAAACAGCAGGGGUCUCCUGACUGGAUGUGGUGCAAGGGGGUUGCGGGUGGGAGUCCUCCCUUGGUUCAUUCAGUUCAGAUCAAGGAAGAACCGGCAGUGCUAGCUGGGGGAGAGGCAGGGUCCCGAGCUGACUGUUAUUUUAUUUUUGCAUUUGGGUGUUUCCUCACUGUUGUGGUUAUCCACUCUGGGCAGCAUGGAUUCUGAAUUCUUAUUCAUAGCCCUAACCGCUUGUGAACCUGGGGAAGGCAGGGAGAAGGUAUCCAAGGGCUUCUGACCCAGUCGUAAGUGUUGUAGAGAUUUUCCCUCUGGCUUUUGGUUGAAAUUGAAGUCCUCCUUAGAGCCCCACAAAGUGGUAGAAGAAGGUGAUAGUCCACAGCUCAGGCCAGCCGGGGAACAUGCAGCCCCCAGCAUGAGACGGGCAGAUCGCCCGAGUGCAGCACAAAACCUCAAUGCAUCUCUUUCCAAGGGAAGGAGUUUGAAGGUACUCAAUGUAGGCCUCUAAUUUUAAUGAGCCUUUUUGUAUUUUUCCUCAAAGCCCUUAUGUUCUAGCCCAUGAGGACACUUUUAGAUGCCCGGUAAGGGCCACCAGUCUUGACCUGCCUGGAGGACAAGAGCACAGCCGCUUCCUGUCUGAGGUUGCAAAGCAGACGUCAUCCUGCUGUACAAUCUAAUUUGCUGGACAGACUUGCUAGCCUUCUUUGCUUAGCAACGCACCUCCAGCUGGCACAUCUGCAUUUUGGCAUCUGAGGUUCACAUUCUGAGAGGAGAAAGUGUUGUAUUUAUUAGAAAGGAAGUCUUGUGAAAAUAGCUCAGUGCUGCGUGUGUUCAUGAAUUUUUCUGGUGUGAUAGCCAGCAUGGUUACUGAUUGGUGGAGCUUCCCUAACAUUUUUAAGCAAACUAGCUUUUUGAGUAAACCAUUGUGCUUAAAAAAAAAAAAAAAAAAAAAAAAAAAAAAAAAAAA